GUCCUCUGGUUGGGGGGUUGUCAUGAUGUCAUAGAGGAUGUGCCGCGACAGUGCAAAUGUCACAAACACGGCGUCUUGUCACUGAUGUCCCCCAGGUCCUAGAUCCAGUUCAGUUCCACCUAUCACCCUACACACAUCACUGAAUUUAAACCUAUCACCCAUCACUGGAUCGGACUCCUCAUCCGUCAGUGGACUCAGACCUGUCAUCUGUCACUGGACUUUGAACCUGUCAUCCGUCACUGGACUCGGUCAUCAGUACACCAGGCCAGAUCACAGAAGAGGUUGAACCAUGGAGCUCAAUAAUUUAGUCGACAUGACCUCCACCCACUCGCCCUUCAUCGUUGGAACCAUCUCCAUCAUUACCUUCCUCAUCGUGAUCCACAUUCUUAAAAUCAUCUUCACUAUAAUGUCGGAUGGCAGCAUCAUUCCGUCUUGGAUGAAGAUAUACUUACCUUCUUUUUACCAUAGACUGGCUACAGACAACUUGAAGAAAAUUGAGUCUCUGCAAAAACAGCAUUUGGACAAGAUGAAGACCCUGGAAAAACAUCUGAACAAUCAGAUUGCAAAAACUGCAAACAACGAAAAGGAAAUUAAGACUCUGAAAGGGCGUCUGGACAAUCAGAUUGCAGAAACUGCAAAAAACAAAAAGGAAAUUGAGACUUUGGAAAACCAUCUGGACACAAUGAAAACCUUGGAAAAAGAACGUCUCGACAUGAUUAAAACUCUGGAAGAAGAACGUCUGGACAAGAUAAAGACUCUGGAAGGACGUCUAGACAAUAAGAUUGCAGAAGCUGCAAACAACAAAAAGGAAAUUGAGACUCUGAAAGAACGUCUGGACAAGACUCUUGAAGAUGAACGGCUGGACAAAAUGAAGACUUUGGAAGAAAAACGCCUGGACAAAAAGAAGACUCUGGAAGAACGCCUGGACAAAAUGAAGUAUCUGGAAGAACAUCUAGAAAAAAUGAAGAAUCUGGAAGAACGUCUGGACAGGAAGACUCUGGAAAAAGAACGUCUGGACACGAUGAAGAAUCUGGAAAAAGAAUGUCUAGACAAGAUGAAAACUCUGGAAGACCGUCCAGACAAUCAGAUUGCAGAAACUGCAAAAAACAAAAAGGAAAUUGAGACUCUGGAAAAACGUCUGGAAAUGAUGAAAACCCUUGAAGAACGUCGAGACAAGAUGAAAACCCUGGAAGAAUGUUUGGCCAAUCAGAUUGCAGAAGCUGCACACAACAAAAAGGAAAUGGAGACUCUAGAAGAACGUCUGGACAAGAUGAAAACCCUAGAAGAAGAACGUCAGGACAAGAUGAAGACCCUGGAAGAAGAACGUCUGGACAAGAUGAAGAGUCUGCAAGAAUCUUGCAAUCAGAUUACAGAAGCUGCACACAACAAAUUGGAAAUGGAGGACUUGGUUAAAGUGUUAGAUCUUGAUCAUUUUCUCACGCCACUUGUCGACAUGGUGAAGACUCUGGAGGAACGUCUGGACAAGAACGCAGCAGAAGAAGCCAACGCCGUGGUGGUGUUCUCAGCGGGGCUGGAAGGAAGAGCUGGGACCACUAAGGCCAGCAAUGGGGAUCAAAUACUGGUCUACAAUAAGAUGGUGAUCAACGUGGGUGGUGGCUAUGACGACAGCACAGGCAUUUUCAAAGUCCCCAUCAAGGGCCUCUACUUUGUCACCUUCACCUGUGGAAAAUGUUAUAAUUAUAAUAUGGGGGCAUGGGUGACGAAGAACAACCAUGACAAGCUGAUCUGUGUGUUUGACGACAAUAACGGUAACAGCAGAAUUACCAACAGCAUUGUGGUGGAAAUGGAGGUGGGAGACGACCUUCGGGUUUUCUUGGAGAAUGGUCACACCAUCCUUACCACUUGUAUACGCACCACCUUUAGCGUCUUUCUCAUCAAGCGCAUGUAGACAGGCUGGACUGGAUAGGGUGGACCAACAAAGGUAAAAACACAAGAAAACAAGAUGAAAAUCAUCAAGAACACAAAGGACUAAAGACAUUAAAAGAGCACUGAGUUGAUGCAACCAGCUGUGUCGUUUCUACAAAUAGCUACAAAAGUAAACAAUGAAAAACCAUAAAUAGAGCAGACAAACAACAAAACACAGCCAAAGAUGGGAACAGACCCAACAAAGGACUUCGUCCUAGGCUGCCCACUAGCCCCCGGCCAAUGUCCGGUCCGCAUACAUGCUUAUCUAUCCAGGACUCCCUGAAGCUCAGCCAUCAGCGCUUGUGCCGCAGGCCCGUCUCUUCGUCCGCAUCUCCCGUGCAAACAACACCAAGGACAAAUGGCUCCCCCGAGGCAGAUCCAAAAGUUGUUGCGCAGUCCCGAAGGAGCCCCAAUCAAAAGGCAAAAAAUACACAAAAGAGGAUACCUCAAGAACAUAAAAUUAACUCCUGCAGCCAGCAGCCACCACAGUGGUGCCCGCUGUCAGCGAGAUUAGCCCUGCUGGACACCUGCUGAGUUGCUUUUCUGCUCGGCACUCACAUCCUCUUCCUUGACUUUUUUAGUGAUUGUUACAUGUUUGUUCAAUAAGAACAAGGUGUGAUGCAAAAAAAUGGGAGGAGGGCAUGUAGCGAGUGAAGGACGUCGGCAAGCUGUCUGUCCUAAUUAACAUGUCAAAUACUGUUUGACUAUGUUAAUUACAGUUUGAAUUUUCUAAUUACAGUUUGACUUUGGUUGCUAUUUACUACUUGGCUUUGUUUGCUAAUUACAGCUUGAAUUUGGUUGUUAAUUACUGUGACUUUGUUUGCUAAUUGACUUUGUUUGUUAAUUACGGUUUGACUUUUGCUAAUAACGGUUUG